ACCGAAGAGGCGCUUCUCACAAAACGCACAAAUCUCUACUCAAUCCCGCAUGUUUGGGUAAAAUGAUGCAAAUAUAUGUGUUGCGCUUUCUGUGGAGUCACGGCUCUUCAUGUAACGAUGCGUCAUGCGCGCUUCAUAGGCUCGAGUUUAGGUAUGUCUGGUCAGUACAUGGCAGAGCUGUGUGUGGUGCAGAGGAGGCAGGAGAUGACUGCUGCCCCCCUCACUUCUUCACUGAGCCUCAGGAGAGUGGAGGGAGAAGGACUGUAUGGGGACUGUACUGCUGCACAGUGAGCGUUUGUUCUCAGCGCUGAUUUGGAAAUGAAAUUGCAACCACGCAGUUAAACCAUGCAGACUUUGGCUAUUUAGACGGUUUAUUUAUGUUUGGUAAAGCUCUUUCGUGAGUUGCAGUUACAAGUGAUCUGAAACCUGCUAUGGAGGACUUCUUGAGUCAAAAUGAGUCUGAGCACUGACAAUGUCACAAACUUGUGGAAAAAUGGUUCCGCGGAACUCGACGGGACUCCGGGUGCGUCCUCCCCGGUCAACUUUACCAACAGCUCCGGGGGAAACCACACGGAACCCAGCGAGGUGGACCUCACCCGAGCCAUCCCGCUCGGUUUGGUGCUUGGGGCUUUUAUCGUGUUCGCCAUCGCGGGUAACAUCCUCGUCAUCCUCUCGGUGGUGUGCAACAGGCACCUGCGCACCCCGACAAACUACUUCAUCAUCAACCUGGCCAUCGCCGACCUGCUGCUGAGCACCACGGUGCUGCCGGUGUCCGCCACGCUGGAGAUCCUAGACUACUGGGUGUUCGGCAGGAUCUUCUGUGACAUUUGGGCAGCGGUGGAUGUGCUGUGCUGCACCGCGUCCAUCAUGAGCCUGUGCGUAAUAUCCAUCGACCGCUACAUCGGAGUGAGCUACCCGCUGCAGUACCCGGGCAUCGUGACGGAGAAGCGGGCUCUGCUGGCCAUGCUCGGGGUCUGGGCGCUGUCGGUGGUCAUCUCCAUUGGACCUCUGUUUGGGUGGAAGCAGCCACCGUCGCCGGACGACACGGUGUGCCCCAUCACCGAGGAACCGUUUUACGCGCUCUUCUCCUCCCUCGGCUCCUUCUACAUCCCUCUCGUCGUUAUUCUGGCCAUGUACUGCCGGGUGUACAUAGUCGCCAAACGGACCACUAAGAACCUGGAAGCCGGUGUGAUGCGUGAGAGGAUGAACUCCAGCGAGCUGACCCUCAGGAUCCACAAGGGCUCGCAGGUGCAGGAGGACCCCGGCAGCUCAGGCACCGGCAAGGGCCGCGCGCACCAAGCCAGAAGCUCCCUCACGGUGAAACUUCUGAAAUUCUCCCGGGAGAAGAAAGCGGCAAAAACUUUGGGAGUUGUGGUCGGCAUGUUUACGCUCUGUUGGCUGCCCUUCUUUCUCGCCUUACCCAUAGGGUCUUUUAAUGUGAACUUGCGCCCACCUGAUGUCCUCUUCAAAGUGAUCUUCUGGCUGGGUUAUUUCAACAGCUGCCUGAACCCCAUCAUCUACCCCUGCUACAACCGCGAGUUCAAGCUGGCCUUCAUUCGUAUCCUGAGAUGCCAGUGUCAUCAGCGUAAACGUCCUGGCUGGAGGGCAUACAAUUACCGUUCCUCCAACUUCAGCUCGUCCGGACACUCACGCAAAGGCUCAGCGGAUCACAACUCCAGCUGCUUAAACGGGAGCCAGCGUACCCUGCCCUCUUCAGCCAGUCCAAGCCCUAGCUACCUGAGCAAGGGUCUCCAACCUUGCCCUGAAGGGGAAACAUUAUACAUCUGGAGGGCCACUACCCCGACUCCCUCCACACCCAACCUGCUGCCUGGCAGCCCCGCAGACUGCCAGCAGGGAACUCUGAGAGGGCAGGUAAGAGGAGGGAAACAAGCUGAGGAGACGUCUGGUGGUGUCUUCUCUUUCUCCUUUGGGAAGAAUCGAGAUAAGGGCAACAAAGACAACAUGAUGCCUGAUGACAAGGUGUGACUGCUGAGUCUUACUGAGACAUGACUUGUUAGUUCCUUACAGGGAUUAAAGUCACAAACAGAGCGUGGAUGUAGGGUUACACAGAUUUACUGCAGUCACUGUACAUGGUCCCUUGAUCAUUCGUCAGUCAGUGGAUUUUCAAUGUCAUUAGUGGUCAAUGUGAGGUGAAGAGUACUGACUAUGCUGCUGUAUCAGAAGUAUUUUGUCUAUGUUACUGUAUCUGUGGUUGACAUAGACAGGAAGGUUCAAGAGUUCAAGACAAAAUAACUAUUCGCCGCCCUCUUUGGGACUGGAAGACCAGUGCAUGCUUUUUGAUUAAACUAAAAAUUAAUUUAAAAAGGAAAAAGGACACAUUUUCACAGCCUUCCCUUCACCCCCUUCAGAUCAAAAAAAGACUGAACAUGACCAAGAGCCUGACUCGUGUAAAAUGUGUGAUAAGACAAAUGAUCACCUUUCUGUUGCAGUCACUUGAUAUCUUCAUGGUAUGUUGUGGUAAUAAAAUAUAACCUGGUUUAUCUGCUGUGCGCACAAUCAUCAGAUAUGAUCUUGUUUGUAUGUUUGAUGUUCAAAAAGUUAUGAAUAUCAAUAUUAGAAAUGUGAUCGAAACACAAAUAAACUUAGAACGUUGUUCAAAUGGUA